UAUUCCAAGCUUCUUAAUUCUUGGGCUUUGCUGAAAAUAGUGAGAAGACUUGAGUUGAUCAGUUGUUGGGCCUUGAAUCAUGUAAACAGCUACUGGUGAAAUUUGAGUUGGUAAAUAACCAAACAAAUCGCAAAUAUUUGAUACCUUAAACAUUGGUUUGGUUAAAAAUUUGAUGUUGGAGACGACUAUAACGUUCGAAUAUUUGUUUUUCAUAUUGAUUUGAAGCAUACAAGGAAACUUAGAGACUAAUCAAUGAUGGUUGGGUCUGGGAUCGUCGUUAUAAUGGAGGCCGACAGGGUUAUAGCAAAACUGACAGACACAUGCAGAUUAUAUAAAAACCAUGGCUGCCUAAACUUAUCUUCUCGGCCAUAACCAGACGAAAACAAAUUCACCAAAGCAGGAAGAAAUAGAGAGAGCAAGAGAGAGCAUAUAUUAUUAUACCAAAAAAAAAAUACAUUUUGUGAGGGAGAAGAAAUAAGAAAAAUGGAGCAGCCUUAUGUGUACGCUUACCCACCAGGGACAGCCCCUUCGGCUCCUCCGCCUCCACAAGGAGGUGGCAUCGCAGGAGGGAUAGUGGAUCAAAGGUUCUGCGCUCCGUACCCCGUGGAUCUAGCGAUCGUGCGGAAAAUGAUGAAGUUGACUGACGGCAACUUCGUUAUAACGGACGUUAACGGGAACCUGAUGUUCAAGGUGAAGGAGCCGGUGUUUGGCCUUCACGACAAGAGGAUCUUAUUGGAUGGUUCUGGAUCUCCGGUCUUGACUUUGAGAGAGAAGAUGGUGAGUUUGCAUGACAGAUGGCAAGUAUUUAGAGGAGGGAGUACGGAACAGUGUGAUCUACUGUACACGGUUAAGAGAUCAUCGAUGCUUCAGUUUAAGACCAAACUUGAUGUGUUUUUGAGUCACAACAAGGAAGAGAAGAGAUGUGAUUUCAGGGUCAAAGGGAGCUGGCUCGAGCGCUCUUGUGUCGUCUACGCCGGCGAAUCUGACGCCAUCGUUGCCCAAAUGCACAAGAAGCACACUGUACAGAGCGUGUUCCUGGGAAAGGACAAUUUCUCCGUGACGGUUUAUCCAAACGUAGAUUAUGCCUUCAUCGCCUCUCUCGUCGUCAUUCUCGAUGAUGUUAACCGAGAAGACCGCGCCGCCGCUGGCAGCAGCUGAUCACAAGCUCACGUAUUAGUUAUAUAUAUAUAUAUAUAUAUAUAUAUAUAUAUAUAUGCUUUUGAUUUUGUAUUUGUAUUUGUAUGAUAUGUUGUACGUUCUCUGGACACUUUGUAACGUGGGAUUUCUUCUUAAACACUUACUGUGUCAUUUUCUUUCUAGCUACUUGUAAAAUUAAUUAUCUUAACUAUAUGAACAUGUUUUCUUUCAGUA